CUUGCCCCCGCCCCGCCGCUCGGCUCCCGGGCGCCCGCACUCGCGCUCCCGGAGUCCCUCUCCCGCCCAGGCCCCGGCUGGCUGCGCCCCCCCCCCGGUUCCGCACGGCACGCGGGCGGCCCGCCAGGAUGCAGGCCGCGCACAAGGAGCACCUGUACAAGCUGCUGGUGAUCGGCGACCUGGGCGUGGGCAAGACCAGCAUCAUCAAGCGCUACGUGCACCAGAACUUCUCCUCGCACUACCGGGCCACCAUCGGCGUGGACUUCGCGCUCAAGGUGCUCCACUGGGACCCUGAGACGGUGGUGCGCCUGCAGCUCUGGGACAUCGCAGGUCAAGAAAGAUUUGGAAACAUGACAAGGGUCUAUUACCGAGAAGCUAUGGGUGCAUUUAUUGUCUUCGAUGUUACCAGGCCAGCUACAUUUGAAGCAGUGACAAAGUGGAAGAAUGAUUUGGACUCAAAAUUAAGUCUUCCUAAUGGCAAACCAGUUUCAGUGGUUUUGUUGGCCAACAAAUGUGACCAGGGGAAGGAUGUGCUCACGAACAAUGGCCUCAAGAUGGACCAGUUCUGCAAGGAGCAUGGUUUCGUAGGAUGGUUUGAAACAUCAGCCAAGGAGAACAUAAACAUUGAUGAAGCCUCCAGAUGCCUGGUGAAACAUAUACUUGCAAACGAGUGUGACCUAAUGGAGUCCAUUGAACCGGACAUCGUGAAGCCCCAUCUCACAUCACCCAAGAUUGUCAGCUGCUCCAGCUGUGCUAAAUCCUAGUAGGCUUCUUUGCUGGCAUGUGAUGGAAAUAAUCCCAUUAUGGCGUGUCUCAAUUCUUACCAAUUUGAGUAAAUGUCAGAAUAGGGAUACACAUGUGGCAAGCCAAAGAUCUAUGCCUGUAUAUUUCCUAUAAGAGAGAAAAAUAGCAAAUGUUCUUUUCAUGUUUUUCCCAGCAUCAGCACAGUGUUUACAAGCUUGUUAAAUAUUUAGUCUGUUACAGAAUUCUGUCUUGUAGCUGACCACAGUUCUGGAGGGCCAGCAUCGGCCCUGUUAUUUGCUUCUUGGAUUCGGUGAAGGCCUCCAGUCUCUAACAGAAAGGGGAGAAGAGCAGACUAGCUGUCAAGCUCAGCAGUGGUUUUCACUUUGCCCCUGGUGCCUUUGUCCGGAUUUCAAUACACUGCCUGCUGGGCUGACAGGCCUAUUAAGUAGAAACAGUUUUCUUCUCCAGAGAUGACCUCCAUUUCCAACAGCCCUAAGAGUUGUCUCCGAGUUAGCCCUUCAGAGUCAUGUGCACAGGCUUCCCAUGCUUUUCUUGUUUUUAUUGCCCCUUGCCAUGCCCUGAAUGUUGGUUUAACUGAAAACUGUAUGAAAAGACCUGCCUGAAUAUGUGCCUUUCUGUUCACUUUCUCCAACUUAAGCUAUGAGGCUCUUCUGUUCAUGUAACAUAUAUUAUAUAUAUUUUCACAAGUGGAAAAUAAAACAUUACAAGAUGCUGUUUCCCUAUUUCUGAAAAUGC